CUUUAAAAUCAGAUAAUAUCUUUUCUGGAGAAAAGGUAGUUGCUUCACUCCAGAGAGGGGAUGUGGUCUAAAGAGCUGUGAGAGUACAUAUCUUCAUGCUAUUUUUCUCUGCCUCUUGCUCAGUGCCUGUCAACUGGUAGAUGUUUGAUAAAUUUCUUUCAAGUGAAUAGAGGAGACGCUAAUUCACUCGUAUGAGUUCUUGCCUGUUGAUCUGAGGUCAAUCACUCUUCUGACCUUAUUGGGCUUUUCCAAAGUAAGCCUUUCCCCCUCAAUCUAAUAAUAAUAAUAACUAAUAUUAAUUGAGCAUUUACUGUGUGCUAAAUACAAUGCAGUCUUAACAUGAAUCAUUUCAUCUAACCUCACAAGUUAUCCUUCUUUACAGAUGAGGAGCCUGAAGCUUAAGACACUAAGUAACUUGCUGCGGUUAUAAAUGAGGGAGCCAGGAUUGAAGCAGGGCCUGUGUACUGCAUCAUUAAGCUAUACUGCUAGCAACUAAUCAACACCACCGGGCUCAUGGCUAUAGGCUCAUUACUGGUGAUACUGAUCUCCGCUGAGAAGCUCUUCCACCUCUAGCCAUGCAGCAUCAGUCUCCCUACUGCUGGCGGUGAGGAGUGCUGAGCCUUUGUUUGUUUGUUUGUUUGUUUGUUGCAGAAAGGUGAUUUUAUUUAGGUAGAGAAAAGAGAAGGAAAAGGAGAAGAAGAGAAAGGAGCCUUUCAUAUUUAUAUAGGAAGCAUGGCAGCAGACUUAGUGUUGGAACCUGCCACUGGAAAUGUCCAUAACAACACAUUGGGGGCUUUCUUGGUGGGCCUUGGCAUGGUAAGUGCAAGUUUUGUUAUUCCUUAUGGGUUCCGAAAAACAAGACCUUACCUGUUAGUGACUGGCUUCACGUCAUGUACUUGGAAGAGCUGGCUUCACAUGAGUCAUAAAGAUGCACUUUAAUAAUGUAUUUAGAAGUUGUUGGCUAAAGUUCUAAGCCUGAUUCUAAUAGUACUUCCUCAAUGAAGCUUUUUUUUAGCACUCCUUCAACUAUAAUUUUUUUUUACCACCCACUCAAUUCCUCAGUAUUGUAUCUAUCACUCUUUCAUAGUUCUUUACUUUCCACACAGGGCUUAAGAGGAUAUUUGCUAUAAAACAUGGCAAACAUUCAAUUAAAAAUGCAAAUAGCUGCAUCAAAAUGCCGAUUCAUAAAAUUUUUAGAUCAGAUAAGAAAAGACCAGUUUUUCUGGAAAAGACCAUUGAUCUUUGAGAGUUAAGAAUACAGCUGUUUCCCAAUUUAAUUUCUCACUGGUGAAUGGAAUAGGAAUGGUUUGGCAAAUCUACAGGAAAGAGCAUGUGUGCAUUGUGCUUCUGGUUUUUCCAGAUGUCAGUUGCUGAAGGUUUAAGGUGUGAGUCUGUGCAUGUGUUUCUGAGGAGCAGUCCCUGUUCAAAGAGGCAGCGGGAAAACUGAGUGGGGUAACUCACAUAUGGAUGCCGUGUGCAUCAGUUUGUGUUUAAUUCAAAGACAGACCUCAUUUGAUAGCAAUCUUAGUAUGUCAUUCUAAUGAAUUAGAAAAAAUGAGAAAAUGGGAUAUGAAUCCCCAUCUGGAUUCACGGGGAUAGUAUCAGAAAGAUUUCCAGUGCCUGUGCAGACUGCUAGCAACAUUUAUUUAAUACCUUCCCUGGGUGCUGUGUGCUUACAUGAGAAGCCAAAGGUGUCUGUUAAGCCACGUAGGAACUGCAAUCGGCUGGUUGAUUCUCAUUUGGAGAAAGCAGGCAAGUGGGCAGUGAUUGAAGUGUCCAGCAGGUGGCUGGCAUUCUCUGUCUAUAAGUAACCCUGGUUCCUCUUCAGAGCCGCGGCUCAGCGGAGCUGCUGUUUGCUGGUGAAGCCCGUGACGUGCAAAGCACCCUGCCUAUAGGAUUUGAGGAUUUCUCAGUGCAGUUUAUUCCUACCCACUUUAAACAUUCAGAUUCUAAAAAUCAGGAAAGACAGCAAAUGCUGUGUGAAAAUAGCAGGCCAAAAGUUCUUAGUAAAGUGCAGCCAGGGAGACUCAGACUAGAAUGGGGGUAGAAAGAGCUGAUGGAGAGUGGGUUUAAUUCUAAGGUUUUUUGUUGCUAAGUAUUUGCUGUGGUUAACUUAUUGAAUUUAGAGUUGUACUGCACUGGUCAUGUGAAGGCCAGAGCGGCACCAGUGUCAAAAUAGUGACAGACAGUUUUGAAUAUAUAGUUAGUAUAUAUGUACUCAGAGUAUUUUUAUUAAAGAAGACAAAGAGCCCAGCAUAGAUCUCAUCUUCAUCUUCACCUGGUUGCAAAAUCAAUAGUUAAGAAAUAGCAUCUAAGGGAACUUUUAGGUGGGGAAAAAAUCUAGAGAUGGCUCUAAAUGACUGUUUCCUUCUAAACUUGGAAGUGGAUCAUUUCAUGCACUGCAACAUCUCCAAUCACAGUGAGGAUCUCCCCGUGAACGACGACUGGUCCCAGCCGGGGAUCCUCUAUGUCAUCCCUGCAGUUUAUGGGGUUAUCAUUCUGAUAGGCCUCGUUGGCAACAUCACUUUGAUCAAGAUCUUCCUUACAGUCAAGUCCAUGCGAAAUGUUCCAAACCUGUUUAUUUCCAGUCUGGCUUUGGGAGACCUGCUCCUCCUGGUAACGUGUGCUCCAGUGGAUGCCAGCAGGUACCUGGCUGACAGAUGGCUGUUUGGCAGGAUUGGCUGCAAACUGAUCCCCUUUAUCCAGCUUACCUCUGUUGGGGUGUCUGUCUUCACACUCACAGCGCUCUCAGCAGACAGAUACAAAGCCAUUGUCCGGCCAAUGGAUAUCCAGGCCUCUCAUGCCCUGAUGAAGAUCUGCCUCAAAGCUGCCUUUAUCUGGAUCAUCUCCAUGCUGCUGGCCAUUCCAGAGGCUGUGUUUUCUGACCUCCAUCCCUUCCACGAGGAAAGCACCAACCAGACCUUCAUUAGUUGUGCCCCGUACCCACACUCUAAUGAGCUGCACCCCAAAAUCCACUCCAUGGCUUCCUUUCUGGUCUUCUACAUCAUCCCACUGUCAAUCAUCUCUGUUUACUACUACUUCAUUGCUAAAAAUCUGAUCCAGAGUGCUUACAAUCUUCCCGUGGAAGGGAAUAUACAUGUCAAGAAGCAGAUCGAAUCCCGGAAGCGACUUGCCAAGACAGUGCUGGUGUUUGUGGCCCUGUUCGCCUUCUGCUGGCUCCCCAAUCACAUCAUCUACCUGUACCGCUCCUACCACUACUCUGAAGUGGACACCUCCAUGCUCCACUUUGUCACCAGCAUCUGUGCCCGCCUCCUGGCCUUCACCAACUCCUGCGUGAACCCCUUUGCCCUCUACCUGCUGAGCAAGAGUUUCAGGAAACAGUUCAACACUCAGCUCCUCUGUUGCCGGCCCGGGCUGAUCAUCCGGUCUCACAGCACUGGAAGGAGUACCACCUGCAUGACCUCCCUCAAGAGUACCAACCCCUCUGUGGCCACCUUUAGCCUCAUCAAUGGAAACAUCUGUCAUGAGCGGUAUGUCUAGAUUGACCUUUGACUUUGCCCCUUGAGGGACUCUUGGUUUUGCUUUAUGACUAGGUAGGAACUCUUGCAUCUAUUGUUGUGUUUUUGCCCUCCAAAGACCCUUCAGAAUGCUUGUGAGUGGUGUAGGUGGGGGCGGGGGUGGGGGCCAAAAUGGUAGAUCACUGUUAUAUUUUGAAAGAAGCCAUCAAGUCAGGUUUUUCAUUUCAACUUGCGAAUGUUUCUUCUGAUGUGAAGCAAACCUUCCCUUUUUAGAAAAGUGAACAAGUAGAAAAUUAUUUUUUAAGCAUCAAGCCCUGUUAAACGGUUGUGGCCAAUUAUGUCAUAGAAACUGUAUGAACAACUAGAUUUAUAUAGCAGAGAAAUCAUAUAUUGAAUGCUUACUUUGUGAAAGACUUCACCUUGUCAUUUCUUUAAGCAGAUGCUAGUGCUUUAGAAAUAUGACUUGACUUUUUUUUUUUAGGAAUAUCUGUAAUAUACAAACCAAGGGACAACUUUUAUUUACACUCCUAAUAUGAAAAGUCAACCCUGUGAAAGAGCUCCAUAUAUGAGGGACACUCUCCAAGUUGAUAACAAUGGAAGCUAGUUUAAUAUAAAACAAUUCCCUAAGCAUUUAUUU